UAUUCCCUUCACCUUCCUAACUUCUUAUCUCAAACCACAUUUACAAGCCAAAGUGUCAAACCCAUUUUUCAACUUCUCUCCUUCUCUAUUCACUCUUGUUUACCAUUCCCAUUCCAACACUCUGACUAUACAAAGCAUUAAACUUUUUCGGUCUCUCUUCAAAACCCAUAAUUUCAAGACUAAUUCUGUGUUCUGGGUGUGUUUAAACCUUCACCUGAAUCAGAAAGUUUCGGUUUUUGAACAUGGGUUCAACUCCGACCGCCGUGUCUGAUGACAACUCAUUCGGUGAAUCUGAUACGAUUGAGAUAACUGGGAAGGUCAUGGUGGUGGCUAUAAUAUUCCUUUUCAUGGUGGUUGUGUUUGUUCUUGUGCUUCAUCUCUAUGCAAAAUGGUUCUGGUGGAACAUGGGGGAGAGCGCCGCCCCUCAGCCUCGCCAGCGGCGGCGGAGGCGCCGCCGGUUUGUCUUCGCCCCCGGGCAAGACCCGGUGGUCUAUGAGAGUCACCAAGUUGGGCUUGACCCUUCAGUUUUAAAGUCCUUGCCAGUGUUGGUGUUCCAACCGGAGAACUUCAAAGAAGGUUUGGAGUGUGCAGUUUGUCUCUCUGAGAUUAUUGAAGGGGAAAAGGCCAGGCUUUUGCCGAAAUGCAAUCAUGGGUUUCAUGUGGAUUGCAUUGACAUGUGGUUCCAUUCGCACUCCACUUGCCCUCUUUGUAGGAACCCUGUUGGUUAUGAAUCUUCUAAAACAAGUCAAGAGAAUGAUUUCUCAGGGAACACUGAAACAUCAUCAUCAUCAAUUGAAGAGAAUUCAGGUGCUAUGAAUGGUUUACAGUCUUCAAUUUUUCCCACAAAUGUGUUGGUUUGGGGGAACCACACACAAGUUAGUUCUUUUGGGGUUUCCUUGGAAGAGGAAGAAGGUAGUUCUCAGCAGCCAACUUCUCCUCCAUCAUCUACACCACCUUCUUCUUCUUCAGAUGGUGGCAAUGUUAAUGGCAGAUGUCAUGGAAUGUUGGUGAUUGAUAUUCCAAGUGAGUGCACUUCCUCCUCUCUAUCCCCUUCUGGAAGUAGGUGUGUUGAAGAUGAGGUGAAAUCACCAAUGGCUGUCACAUUGAGGUCAUUUAAGAGGCUUUUGAGCCGGGACAAAAAGUUAAGUCCUUGUAGUCCAAGUUCUGUAGAUGUGGAACAAGUACAGAGCUAGAAAUUUGUGGAUGGAAUCAUUAAUUAUUAUUUUUAGAAGAGUUUUUCAUGAGAGAUGGCUCUCAAAGAGUCAUUGGUCUGCCACUUCCUUUCCAAUACUAGUGCACAUAAAUGGCUGAGGAUGGUUGCUAUACAGUAUCUCGUUAUACAAUCAUUUUUUCCUUCUUUUUUAAUGUCUGUGCUUGAACUUUGAAGCACAUUAAGCCAAUUUGUCUGAAAUGUUUAUAUUGUAUAAAUGACAAAUUUCUUCCCAGUAAAAGGGGAAAAUGA